UUUUUGACGUUUGUAAUCAAAAUCAGCUGUUCAUUAGUUUUAUCAUUUUAUCAUUAAUUAACAGGAACUUUGGGAAAAGUUGUUUGAGUGAUACGAUAUCAUUCUUCAAGAAAUACGUUUUGAGCAAAAUAUUCAUGAUGAAUAUGGUUGGAUAUAGUCAGUUUGGAAAAAUGCUGGACAAAGCAACCAGUCAGUAUUUAAUGGAGCCUGAUUUGCCCACUACAUUGAGUAUAUGUGAUAUGAUUAGACAAGGAGAUGUACCCCCAAAGGUUGCUUUUACUUCCUUGAAAAAGAAGUUGGGUUCUGCUAACCCACACACCCUUUUACAUUCUCUUAUGGUUUUGGAGAGUAUUGUUAAGAAUUGUCCAACUGUUCAUGAGGAACUGGCUGCGAAAUCUUUCCUUGAUACUCUCCAUGACCUAGUCAAAACCACUUCACAUAGCAAUAUACGCAACAAAAUUUUGGAAUUGCUGCAGACUUGGUCACAUGUGUUUAAGAACAACUCGAAAUUCGAAGCCUUGAAUGAUAUUGUGAACCAAAUGAAAGGGGAAGGAUUCAAAUUUCCUGCUCUACGUGAAAGUGAAGCGAUGUUUUCUGCUACAAAUGCCCCAACAUGGGUGGACGGGGAAGCUUGUCAUAGAUGCAGAGUGCAAUUCAACCUUAUCACUCGUAAGCACCAUUGUAGAGCUUGUGGCCAAGUAUUUUGUGGGACUUGUACUAGGAAUACAACGACUUUACCUAAGUUUGGUAUUGAAAAAGAGGUUAGAGUGUGUGAUUCCUGUUAUGCAGAAGCUUCAAAAUCCUCAACUGUUAAAGUUUCUAGUAAAACUGAGGAUCUUCCAUUUGAAUAUUUGAAAAGCAGUUUGUACCAACAGAAACAGCAACCUACCAAGAAGACAGAUGAUGAACUGCAAGAGGAAGAGGACUUACAGAUGGCCAUUGCACUCAGUCAGUCGGAGGCUGAAAAUAAAGAAAAAGAGAGGGAAAGAGCUGCUAGAAUGAAAGCUUCUUCCUCGCCUACCUACAGUUUUAAAGCAGCCCCAGAGUCUCGUCCUGUGGAACCUGUGCAACCUGAAGAGGAAGCUCUGAAUCCUGAACUUGCCAAAUACUUGAAUCGUUCUUAUUGGGAAUCACGUACCCCAGCAAAUUCUUCUGAUAACAUCAGGCCAACAAGUCCUUCAGCGCCAUCUGUUACAUCGAUUCCCCUACAGAAUCACGACCAAAAAUAUAAGGUCAAAGAGAACGGUCUGAUAAACAACGAGUUGGAAGAUUUCAUAAACACCUUGAGAUCGCAAGUAGAAAUUUUCAUCAACAGGAUGAAGAGUAACUCCAGCAGAGGAAGAUCCAUCGCCAACGACACUAGCGUUCAAACGUUAUUCAUGAAUAUAACCACAAUGCACUCGACGCUUCUCGAAUACAUAAAGGAGCACGAUGACAACCGUCUUCAUUUCGAGAGACUGCAAGACAAGCUGACCCAAGUCAAAGACGCAAGGGCUGCUCUGGACGCCCUUCGGGAGGAACACAGGGAGAGACUUCGAAGGGAGGCCGAGGAAGCUGAAAGAUUGAGGCAGAUUCAAAUGGCUCAGAAGCUGGAAAUUAUGCGGAAGAAGAAACAGGAGUAUCUGCAGUAUCAGAGGCAGCUGGUUCUCCAGCGGGUGCAGGAGCAGGAGAGGGAGAUGCAGAUGAGGCAGGAGCAGCAGAAACAGGCUUUCAUGGGCGGCCAGCAGUAUCCCAUGGGAUAUAUGGUCUCCCAGUUUCCGCCGAAUAGCGCGCCACCUGUCGGGCCUUACCACCAGUACGGCCCAGUGGGACCCCAUCCGGUCAUGGUGGGACAGGGUAUGAUGCCCGGACAACCUCCACAGAGCGCCCCGCCCCAAAUGGGACAUAUGGGUGGGCCCAAUCAAGGUGCUGUCGGCCACCAACAAAUGCUACCACCUAACUACAAUCCCACAGCUGGACAAACUAACCCUCCUCCCAAUCCUGGCAUUCAAGGACCUCCAAUGCACAAUCAAGAUCCGGCAGCGCAGCAGUUGCCUCCUCAAAUGCAACAACAAAUGGGAAUGGCAUACCCACCUCAACAAAUGUUAAAUACAGCUCCCAUCAUGUCUAUUGGUCAACCUCCUAACCAAAACUCUAGCCAAGCUCUGAUGGGUCCAAGGCCUGGGACUAACACCCAGCAGUUCCCACAACAACCUGGGGCACCACCAGCAAGUCCACAGGUACCUCAGCCACCCCAACAGCCUCAACCUCCGCCAAAAGAAGAAACACAGACGGCUGAGUUGAUAAGUUUUGAUUGAUGCAAUAAAUGUUAAGGUAUACUCUACAGGUUAUGUCCCUUUAUAAAUAAACAUAGACUAUACAAACUUCUUUCUAUAUAGCACAUAAUGUGUUAUUUUACUGUACUGAUGAUGGUCAGGUUAUGAAAUAUUUCUUUAUUAAAUAGUUUAUAUUUUGCAUAUUCCUAUUUUUAUUGCUUGUAAUGUUUCGUUGGUGUUAUUGAAUAAAAUGAACUUUAUGAUA